AUGAAGACCACCAUACUCCCCGUCGCCUUCCUGGCCGCCACUGUCGCGGCACAGUCGACAAACGCGUGCGCCGCGCAGCCGGUCGUCGACACUUGUCUGUCGACGACGCAGGCCCUUGUCAGUCUCUGCUCCGCGACGGACUACGCGUGUCUCUGCGAGAAGUACACGGCUAAGUUGGUGUGCGUAUACCUGAUCCAGACGAGGGGGAGGGACGGAGAGUGCUUUGCCAAUUGCCCCAAUGACCCCCGGGCGCCGGGCGUUGCGACUAAAAAGGAUAACGUCUGCAAUAACGUCAGCGUCAAUACCGCCGCAACCACCACCGCGCCCGCUCCCAAGAGCAUUUCCAGCUCCGGCUUCGGCUCCGGCUGUAGCCAGCCCGCCCCCUCCAACGGGGACGCGGCACCGGCGACCAAGACGGGCCCGGACGAUGACGAGGCAAGCGGCGCUGCCGACGCCUGCGACGGUGAGGAGACCGGGACCGCCCACCCCGGCGCGUCGGCGAAGACGGCAGGCGCGGCGGAGCUGAUGGCGAGCGCGGUGGGGGUGCUGGCUGCUGUUGCUGGGGCGGCUGUUGUGAUUUUGUAG